GUGGGUCACCCCCUUUCCUUUUCCUGGCAUUAGAUAGAGCACAGGGAAGAGAAGUGGGGCAAGAAAUGACUGACUCUGUUUACUGCAUGGUGCCUCUUUGAAGGAACAUUAAAAAUUGUCCUCUAAAGACUCAUGUUGCCUGAGGAAGAAGCCCGGAAGAGGAGGGAGAGGAAAGAAAGGGAGUCAGGAAUGGCUCUUUCUCAGGAACAGUUGACAUUCAAGGAUAUUGACAUAGAAUUCUCUCAGGAGGAGUGGGAAUGCCUGGAACCUGCUCAGCGAGCCUUGUACAGGGACGUGAUGUUGGAGACCUACAGGAACCUGCUCUCCCUAGACAUCUCUCACAUACACGUGAUCAAGAAGUUACAACUAAAAGUAAACACUGGUAGAGGAGAAGUAUUACAAACAGUGAUGUUGGGAAGACAUGAAAGGAAUAAGAUGAAACAUUUUUACCUCAGGGAAAUCCAGGAAAAUAUAUCUGACUUUGAGUCUCAGCAGAGAGAUGAGGUAAGAAAUUACAGAGGAACUCCUGUGUCCCAUAAUGAAAAUCCUACUGAUAAGAGAGAUGGACUUGGUAGGAGUGUCGCAGGAAUUAAGCCCAUUGAAAAUAGGCUUGCAUCAAGCUUUGGGGAUGAAUUGCAUAUAUUUAAAAGUGAACAAAAAAUUGAUGAAUUUAAUCAAGCUGACAAGAAUAUCAGCAGUAGUGCCUCAUUUUCACCACUUCAGACAAUUUCUCCUGUUGUCCAAACAGGCAUUUCUGAUACAAAUGGGAAUGAUUUUAUGCAUCCUUCAGUACUGACACAAGACCAGAGGUCACACAGGGAACAACCUUACAAAUGUGAUGAGUGUGGCAAAACCUUUCAUCAGAUCUCAAACCGCGCUCGACAUCAGAUCAUCCAUACGGAAGAAAAAUUACAUAAUUGUGAUGUAUGUGGCAGAGUUUUUAGUCGAAAUUCAGACCUUGCAGUUCAUCAGAGAAAUCAUACUGGAGAGAAAUCUUACAAAUAUAACAUGUGUGGCAAAACCCUUAAUCAUGGCUCACACAUCACUGAACAUCAGCUCGAAUCGUAGAAGACAUCAGAGAAUCCAUACAGGAGCAAAACCAUAUAAAUGUGAUGUAUGUGGCAGAGUCUUUAAUCGAAAUUCAAUCCUUGCACUUCAUCAGAGGAUUCAUACUGGAGAGAAACCUUACAGAUGUAACGAGUGUGGGAAGGUCUUUAGUCGAAAAGGAACCCUUGCAAGUCAUCGGAGAAUUCAUACUGGAGAGAAACCUUACAAAUGUAAUGAGUGUGGUAAAACCUUUUAUCACAGCUCAAUCCUCACUCGACAUCAGAUAAUCCAUAAAGGAGUGAAAUUAUAUAAAUGUGAUGUAUGUGGCAAAGUUUAUAGUCGAAAUUCAAACCUUGCAAUUCAUCAGAGAACUCAUACUGGAGAGAAGCCUUACAAAUGUAAUGAGUGUGGCCAGGUCUUUAGUCAAAAAGCAACGCUUGCAUGUCAUCAGGCAAUUCAUACUGGAGAGGACCCUUACAAAUGUAAUGUGUGUGGCAAAAUCUUUCAUCAUAGCUCGAACCUCAGGAAACAUCAGACUCUGCCACUCAGACUGAAAUAGGUAGAUACUCAUGUGAGCCC